AUGGAUAUAUGUGAUUGCUGCUUCACCCGAAUUAUGCUCCUUAGCGCUGAUGUCGCCGCCAUCUUUAAUGUUUUCAAGGAGUUCGAUAUGUAUCUGUGGCAUCAACGUCUCGUCAAUGGAAAGCCCAGCUACGGCUGGUGUAGGAGCAUGUAUCAAUCACUGGGCCAACAACUCAUGCGACAGGACCCCACAUACUACCUGUUGUACGUCCAGGCUCCGACUAGAUCAAUUGAGGUGCGACAUCAUUCUGAAAACAUUCAAUUUGCUCGACAAAAUUAUGUCAAAUAUACCAUCCAAGUCAAAAGAGCAAGCCCGCACGAAUGGCAGGCUCAUGACCGCGGGCGUCUCGGCGAUGGGCCGUGUUCAACGCUUGGGUCAGGACUUUGA